CAGCCAGACUCACCUGAGAAAUGUGGACCAGCAACAGCAGUCAGUCACACCAUCAGGGGCAAAAACCUGAGCAAGCAGCACAAGGGAAGACUUAUCAAAGAACUGAGCUCCAUUGGACACCAUGGCCUCUUCUCUCUCCAUGCGCAGCUACUCAGUGCGUCAGCCCUCCUUCUCCAGCAUGUCAGUGAGGGACAGCGGACGCAGCCUCCGGCCCAAACCCUCCGUCUCCCCGCUGUCCACCGGCGGUACAUUGUCUCUGUCUCGCUCCUUCUCUGUGGGCAACGGCCUCAACAUGCUGGGCACCAACCUCUCCUACAACGGCCUCGGCGUUGGCACCAGCGAGAAGGAGACCAUGCAGGGCCUGAACGACCGGCUGGCCAACUACCUGGACAAGGUUCGGUCACUGGAGAGGUCCAACGCUGAGCUGGAGGUCCAGAUCAAGCAGCUGAUGCUGGAGAGAGCACCGAAGGGACACGACAUCGAGGGCAUGAUGGCACAGGCACAUGCCAUCGGACAGGAGGUGAGGAAGAAGACACUGGAGAACGCCCGCAUUAUGCUGGAGAUUGAUAAUGCCAAGCUGGCAGCCGACGACUUUAGGGUCAAAUGGGAGGCAGAGGCCACCUUGUGCCAGUCAGUAGAGAGGGACUGCCAGGCUCUGAGGAGAGCGAAGUCGGACCACGACCAGAUUAUCGCCACUCUGCGAGGAGACCUGGACAGCCUGAAGGAGGAACUGUACUUCCUCAAGAAGAAUCACGAUGAGGAGAUGAGCUCAGUGAAGCUGCGUCUGGCCAACGAGCAGGUGAACGUGGAGGUGGAUGCAGCUCAGGGUCCUGAUCUGGGGGCCAUCUUGGCUGAGCUCAGGGUCCAGUAUGAGGGCAUCGCUCGCAAGAACAAGGAGGAGGCAGAGGCCUGGUACCUCAAGAAGCUGGAGGCAGUACAGUCGGAGGUCAAAGAAAGCAACGAGGCUUUGCGUUGUGCUCAAAGUGAGCUCAGUGAGAGGCGACGUUUCCUGCAGGCUCUGGAGGUCGAACUCGACAGUCUUCGCAGACAGGUCGCCGUGUUGGAGGGAAACCUGGGAGAAACGGGACACAAGUAUUCUGUGGAGAUGGACCGUCUUCAGGCCACGCUGACGCAGUUGGAGGACGAGUUGUCUCAGCUGCGUCUGGACAUGCAGCGCAACAAGACCGACUACGAGCAGCUGCUGCGCAUCAAGCAGAACCUGGAGAUGGAGAUCGCCACCUACAGGAGGCUGCUGGAAGGAGAGGAAACGGUGAAAGAAACACCUCUACCUCCUAAAAAAGACCCCGAAGUGAGGACCAGGAAGAUUGUAAAAGUCGUCACUCAGACGAUGAUCAACGGCAAAGUGGUCGACGAGUCCAGUGAGGUGGAGCAGAUCGAGGAGCGUAAAAAAUGAGCCAAAGAGUGUUGACACAAAGCAGCAAUUAAAUCCAAAGUGCCUGCUGACUGGAUCAAAUUAACUUCUGUCUUAUUUAGUCUUCAUGUUUUAAUACCUAAAUCUUGUCAAAAAUAUACUAAAAAGGAACUGGAUAUUAAAUAUACAGUCCAGUUUAACCAUCUUCACUAAAUACAUUUACUCUGCACUGUACCUUACCACAGUUUUGAGGUGUUUAUACUUUACUAGAGUGUUUCAUGGUUCUGCUGCUGCUUGGUACUUUCUUAUUUUACUACAUUUUGCAGGUUGCAGUUUUACAUGAUCAAUACGAUGCACUGUUCUGUCCGUUGUUUUGCUUUACUGCUUUAACAGUCUUUAACUGACAAGUCUUAAUUUCUAAAAAGAGACAAAUAACAAUAAAAAGUCUGACAUUUUUCACAUAAUUUCAACCUGUUUUUAAAGCAAAUCAAGUAUUUCAAAGUCAAGUUUCAUUAUUCACAGUCUAGUUCAAUAACCUGAUUGUUUUCAGAAAAUACAGUUUAGUGCUCGGUUAUGUAAAUAAUAUGCUUAAAAGAUGAAAUUUUCAGCAAAAUUAGUCAUUUUAUUUAUAAUUACUUUUAAUUUGGAUUUUGAUUCCAGGACUUUUACUUGUAUUGGAGUAUUUCUACAGUGUGCUUCAAGAAGACAUUACCUGAAUGUCCACUUACUGGCAUUUAUAACCAUCUUACAGUCUUGUCUUUUAAGAUGGAGUUUGCUCAGUCAUAAAAAUGUGAGAUAUUCAAAAAAUGCUCACAUGUGAAGAUUUAUUUUGUUAAGCUGCUGUUUACAAGGCUAAAAAUGAACACAUUAGCUUUGGUUUCUUGAAGCUAAAACAGCAAAUUGACACUCAUGUUCCUGUGCUCAGUUGAAAAUGCAGCUAGUGACUAGUUAGCGUAGCUUAGCAUUAAGACUGAAACCAAGGAAACACUUUUUGAGGCUAACAAUGAGCUUGUUAGCUUUCUUCCUGGGAAUUAAAACAACAAAUUGAAACCUAAGUGCCUGUGGUCAAUUGAAACUGAAGUUAGUGGCUAAUUAGCUUAGCAUUAAGACUGGAAACAAGGGGAAACACUUUUCAAGGCAAAAAGUGUGCUUCUUAGCUUUGUGAUUGGGACUUCGAAAAGAAAAAUGGCACUAAUGUUCCUGUGAAACCGCAGCUUGUGGCUGUUUAGCUUAGCAUUAGGACUGGAAACAAGGGAAAACAACUUUCAUCGUGAACAAUGUGCUUGUUUGCUUUCUUGGUGAGACUUAAAAGGGUAAAUUGACACUUCUGUUCCUGUGAUCAAUUUUAACUGCAAUUACUGGCUAGUUAGCUUAGCUUAGCAUUAAGCCUGGAAACAAAACAUUUUUCAUGGCAAACAAUGAGCUCGUUAGCUUUCCUGUUCGGAAUCAGAAGAGCAGAUUGACACUUUUAUUCCUCUGAUCAAGUGAAACUACAGCUAUUGGCUAGUUAGCUUACCAUUAAAAUUGGACACAAGGGUAAUGGCUAGCCUGAGCACCUAGCAGCACCUGUAAACAUCACUACAUAACAUGUUAUAUUUGCUUCAUCCAGAAAGCAAAGAAUUUCUUUCAGUUAGGCUAAGCUCACAAGCUGCUACCUGUAGCAUCAUUUAGGUUCAUCUGAAGUGAAAAAUACUGUUUCCUUUAAGAUUGAUGCCAGAGAUACGGACCCGUACCCGUAGCAUCUGUACUAUACGGAUAUAGGGCAUAUAUGACAUAUACAUUGCCAUUGUUUCAUGCCGUGAUUUUGUUUGUAUGUAUACAGCCGUUAUAUAACUUUAACCAUGACAUAGAUCUACUGAAAUACAUCUUAUACUCUAUUAUAAACCUUUCUACACCACGGCGAUCUCAUUCAUCUUUAUUACUUUUUAAAUAACUGGCCAAAGACAGCGGGUGUAACUAUAGUGAAUGCAGUAGAGACACAUGUAUAUAGAGCACAAGCCAGUUCAUAUCGACAUGGAAGUCCCGUUUGUCGUGAAAAUGGCCACUCGAUAGGGGGCGCUGGGGUAUUUCAGGCAGCGAGAAUUAAAGAAGCAAAUGGAAGGUGCCGUAUCCGUAGGCCACAGGCUACUCGUACGGGUCCGUAUCUGUAGACACUACGUUCCUUUAAUACUAAUCAAAAUCUAAAUGUGAUUAAAAUUUGUCUUAACUUAACUCAACACUGCUGAAAAACUGACAGUAUCGCCUGUUUUUGUGUGAUAGUUUCACUUUAAAAUACUUACGGGAAUGUUAUUUUAGAAAUAAAGA